UGUGAACUUUGCGGUUGCUCCCCCCUGUCCCCGCAGUGCCGCCAUAGCCGAGUCCUCCUGCACCACACCCUGCUUCUCGUGCUUCUGUAGGUUUUCUCGUCGUUGUAGUGUAAGCCCCCCUUUUUCUCGUGCACAGGUUCUUGUCGUGCUUUGCAUCGUUGAAACCUGGACCUAAUGUCGUGGGAGCGUUCCGAGUGUGUGGGGGUAGUUUUCGCUGUUGACUGGAGGUCCUCUGUUUCCGAAUCUUUCUGAGGUUGCUAGAGCGGCAUUUGUUGGAGAGAAUUUGGGAUUGGCUGCCCGGUUUAAUGUGUCCUCGUAUGUCGGGUAGUGGUUUUAGUGAUUAGCUCUGUGGAGUUGUGUGAAUACAGUUUGCUCAAGCGGAAAAGACAUGCGCGUUCGCUCUCGUCUCUUCCGAUUUUUACAUGUCCAUGCUGUUUGAUUAAUUAUUCGUGAACUGCAUUCGUCGAUGUCCCUAUGAUGCGUAUCGACGUGGUUUCGUCUUCAAGUUUGCAUCUUACACCAUACUCCUAGCAAGCUGAAGUGAUUCACGCUAUUGCACCGUAUCGCUUGGACUUAACUUGUGGCGAGCAAGGAAUCAUACUACUUCAUCACGCGUCUUAGCGAAUGUCUUGCGAACUACGACGCAGACCCCCCGGAGUUCCCAGACAUAGAUUAAGUGUUGGUCAAGGAUCUGAAGGAUAGCUCCUUCGGAGUUGCAGGCGGAAGCGUGGGUGUGCGGAAGGCAGGUGCGGGAGACGUGGAGUUCGCUUUAUGACUGCAGAUUUGUGUGAGUUUGAGUCGGAGUCCGAUCCGCUGCAGCCGUUAUCGGCUGUGGGAAGAGCAUGGGUUGAGCCUAUUGUGGGGACCCCGGUGGGGGCAGAAUGGAGGAUCAAGGGUGGCUUCAAGGCGCACAAGGAAGUAGAUAGAAGUAGAGAACAAGUAGGUAGCAAACGUGUAGACGAUAGGGAAAAGAACAGCGGGAGGCUGGAGAAUGGAUGCAGGUUUGCAGACCGUACAGGAGGUGCGGUCCUGAAGGCCCGGGAGGAUCCGAAGGAUAUUGCGGAGCAGAUUAGGCGGGAGUUAGAUCACCAGUUUCCAGUCAAUGAUGUGCUGAGAACAUCGGAGUCGGAUGAGGACGGACGGAGGGAGGAUAGUGCUGAGGACCACUAUGAAGAAGGAGAUGCGGUUGCCGCUGUAGUAUUUGAAAAGCAGAGGCCACGAGAGAUAGCUCAGACGAGAGAGCAGCAGCAAGGGGGUAAUGCGGCUGCCGCCGCUGCUGGAACUCAGGGUGGAGGUGGUUGGGAAAGCUUUUUGCUGAAACGGAAUUUGAAGGUUCUGCUUGUGGAGGAUGACGAUGCAACACGGCACGUGGUUGGAGCUCUCCUUCGGAACUGCAACUAUGAAGUCACCCCGGUUGCGAAUGGGUCCUUGGCGUGGGGGCUAUUGGAAGAAGCGAACAGCAACUUCGACUUGGUGUUGACGGACGUAGUGAUGCCAUAUCUGUCCGGAGUUGGGCUUCUGUCGAAGAUGAUGAAGCGGGAAGCAUGCAAGAGAGUGCCUAUUGUCAUCAUGUCAUCGUACGACAGUCUUGGCAUCGUGUUCCGCUGCCUCUCGAAAGGAGCUUGCGACUAUCUCGUGAAACCAGUUAGGAAAAACGAGUUGAAGAAUCUGUGGCAGCACGUAUGGAGGAAGUGCCACAGUUCGAGUGGGAGCAGAAGUGGAAGCGGAAGCCAGACUGGGGAAGUAGCUAAGCCUCGGAGUCGUGGUGUAGCAGCCGCUGACAAUCCUAGUGGAAGCAAUGAUGGGAAUGGCAGCAGUGAUGGGAGUGAUAAUGGGAGCAGCCGGGUAAAUGCCCAGGGUGGAAGCGACAAUGGUAGUGGCAAUCAAGCUUGCAUGCAACCUGUACAGGUUCUGAGGAACAGCGCAAUUCCAGAAGCAGUAGACGGGGAUGAGGAGGGGCAGGCGACAUCGCAAGAUAAGGGUGCUGACUUGGAUGGAGAGAUGGGGCAUGAUCUGGAGAUGGCAACUCGAAGGUCUGCUUGUGUUACCACCGGAAAAGAUCAGCAACCAGAGGAUGCCCAGAAGCAAGAUGAGGAUGCUGUAUGUAUCUUGCAAGAUGCGGGGCCAUCACCUGAUGGGGCUAAUGCCGAGAGCCCAUCAUCUAGCGGUCGGAAUGAUGCCGCAGAGGAGUCUUCUCCAAAGAUCAUUGACCUGAUAAACGUCAUAGCGUGUCAGCCACAGACCCAGGAUGCAGAACCUCAAGAAAGUGAGAACGAUGACGAAGAAUUGGAUCCGCGGGGAAGGAGCAGCCCUAAAAACAACUCCGCUUCAGAUUCCGGUACUUCGCUGGAGUUAAGUUUGAAACGGCCACGAUCGGCGGUUGGUAACGGCGGAGAAUUAGAAGAGCGUCAACCACUGCGACAUUCAGGAGGCUCGGCCUUUUCUAGGUAUGGCAGCGGAGGAACCAUUAUACAGCAAUACCAUCAGACUGGAGGUUCACUCCCUCUCAGUGGUUAUCCUGUGUCUGGUGGAUAUGGUGUAUAUGGCAUGUCCGGCGGUAGCCCUGGAGGAUCUCUUCGUCUGGGAAUGGGAAUGGAUCGAAGUGGGUCAUCGAAAGGAAGUGUAGAGGGGACUACACCCCCACCCUCGCAUCCUCAGAGCAUGGAGAAAGUGGGUGGGCAAGAUGGGUACGGCAAUGCAAGACAGACUACGGAGGAUGCAAUGAUCGUACCUGGAAUGCCCAUGGCUAUUCCUCUCCCACCACCUGGGAUGCUUGCAUAUGAUGGCGUUAUUGGAACGUAUGGUCCGGCGAUGCACCCGAUGUAUUAUGCUCACCCUAGCGCGUGGAUGGCAGCUCCGUCUCGUCACAUGGGAGAGCGGGGAGAUGUCUACAAUCAAUCUCCUGCAUUUCAAGAGCAGGAUUCUGGGUCUGGGAAUCAUUCUCAAGCGGGGCAGACUCACCAGCACAUGCACCACCACCAAGGCAACCAGCACCACCAUCAUCAUCACCAUCACCACCAUGGGAGUGGCGCCCAGCCUUCUGGAAAUGCAGGGGUGCAAGAUGAACAACAGCAAUCAGUGGUACCGCCUGGGUCGAGUGCUCCUCGCUGCGGCUCGACCGGUGUGGAUGGUCGAAGUGGUAGCAGCAACGGCUACGGGAGCACCGGGAAUGGGAAUGGGUCCAUGAACGGAAGUGCUUCGGGAAGUAAUACUGGCGUGAACAACGGUCAGAGUGGAUUUGGUGCGACGCCGAUGUUAACUGACAACAGUGGGAGUAACGGCGUCGGUGGAACGGAUGCAGCCAUGGAUGGGGUGAGUGGGGGCAAUGGGCUGUGCACAGAGCAAAUGCGUUUCGCCAGACGAGAGGCUGCCUUGAAUAAGUUUAGGCAGAAGAGAAAGGAGCGAUGCUUUGAGAAGAAGGUGCGAUACCAAAGCAGGAAACGGCUUGCAGAACAAAGACCACGAGUCCGCGGUCAGUUUGUGCGGCAAGCGGUACAUGAUCCGUCUGCUGGUGACGCCGAAUAGGAUAUGUUUCAUUUCAUUAGAUUUGUUUCUCUUUGUUCUUUCAUCCUCUAAGUGGACUCCAAUGAUGGGAAUACUCUACUUGGGUUCCAAAUCUUGUUUGCUUACGUUGUUUGAUUCUGACUCGUACGCAUGAGGCUUCUGCUCCUCCUUUUUAGUACCAUGGUUUUCAUUCUGAAGAUUGAAUGGAGGGUUUUUUGAAUCCCAGGACAUUGCAUCACUUGAAAAAUAGUAAACUGUUGUAAACGGAAUAUAUCGUUCUUGUAUUC